ACAUACGGAAGUUGGUGAAUCUACAGUAUACUUGAUUCAUGAGUCAUUGAAGUGACACAUAUUACCGCACUGAAUCGCAGACUGAGUGCUGAUCGGAAUUCCUAAGUGUUUCAAUCUCUUGCCACAGAAUGAGUACCACCGCAGACGUAGCAGAUGAGCAAGGACUUGCGGAAGCUUUGGCUGAUCUAAGGUCAGAUGACACGGAGGUCAACCUCGUAGUUCUGGGUCACGUCAACGGCAACCCUAACCUCGUUGAUGUCGUACAUGUGGGGACAAGCCUCUCUGAGGUGUCAGAUGUUCUGGACCCUAAGCAGACUAUGUAUGUGGUGGUCAGACUGACCAGCACCUUUGACAUGUCCACCACCGUUAAGUUUGUGUAUGCACACUGGGUGGGAAACAAAGUCCCGUAUGCAACGCGAGGGAAAUGUGGCGUAGUGCAUGAAAGUGUUCGUAGCCGUCUGGGGGCCUUCCACUUGGAGCUUGAAACCGAUUCUGUAGAAGACCUAACACAGGAGGCCAUCAUGCAGAAGCUUGAAGAAAACUCUGGGACCAAAUCUAAAGUAUUAGAAUCCACUGAGGGCAGACAGGAGAGGGGGUUUACAUCCAGUCAAAUUUUAAGUAAUAAAACCAGUUCAACGGGUCACAAGUCCAUGUCUUCAACUAAAGUCAAUGCAGUGAGCAAAGAGGGCGCCCCUGUGCAGUUUGCCCCAGAGGUGCCAGAUGCUAUAGCUGAUGUUCGAGAUGAUGGCACAGCCACUAACUGGAUGUUGGCUGGCUAUGAACGUGGCGACCCCAAGCAGCAGAUAGUGGUAUUAGGCUCUGGCACAGGUGGGCUGGAAGAACUGAAAACGGGCUUUGAUAAUUCUCUUGCCAUGUACGCCCUGCUCAGAGUGACUGAUGUGGUGGACGAUAUCACCACUGUGAAAUUUGUCUACAUUUUAUGGAUGGGAGACAAGGUGAAGCCCAUGAGUAGAGCCAAGGUGUCCACACACAAGGGAGCCGUAGAGGAGAUGUUCAAACCUGCACAUGUCACAAUCUUUGCCUCAGAUCUCAGUGACUUGAAGGGAGUUAUGGAUAAGGUAACUUCUGCCUCAGGAACCAAGGUACACGUGAGAUCCUCCUGAAGCUGCGGCCAUUCAUCCACGAUCACCUGCUUAGGAACAUCAUUCUGUUACCAUAGUGAACGUUUUGAUUCAUCCUGUUGUUUUAAACCACGUUGAAGAUGGAAUUUUUAAUUAAAUGCUGUACUGGAGCUUAUUGCAGUUUGCAGCACGGUAACAAGGCCUUAUAGUGGUAAGACUGAAACAGAGUGACCACAGAUUUAAACUUAAGCUUCAGUACGAGAUCGGAUGAAAAUUCCAUCUUUAUCUCAACAUUCUGAUACAUUCUUCAUUCACCAGUGAACAGCUUGUUAUUAAAAAACAUUAG